UCAACACGGGUAGACUGGUGUGGAAAUAGGACGUUUCAUAAAUACCAAUGAUUGAAGUUACACUUUUCAUCAUUUAGGAAACAUCAGAACAUUAUUUGGUCGGUAUCGGCGUAUGUAACUAUCUUGGAGACCGCAUACAGUUAGCCAGCUAGUAAGUUUUUAGAUAAAGUUAGAUUCAAAUGUCGCUCCUUAGCUGGAUAGCCAACAAGUCAUGAUGGAGAAAAAGGACCAGGUACAGCUAAGGAACAACCCUCGCAGGCAAUUAAAGAAGCUUAGUGAGGAUAGUUUGACCAAGCAGCCGGAAGAAGUGUUUGAUGUUUUGGAGAAACUGGGAGAGGGGUCUUAUGGCAGUGUGUUCAAGGCCCAUUUUAAAGAGACAGGAGAGAUUGUGGCCAUUAAGCAGGUUCCUGUGGAGUCAGACCUGCAAGAGAUCAUUAAAGAGAUCUCUAUUAUGCAGCAAUGCAACAGUCCACAUGUUGUGAAGUAUUAUGGCAGUUACUUUAAGAACAGUGACCUGUGGAUUGUAAUGGAAUAUUGUGCAGCUGGUUCUGUGUCUGACAUUAUCAGACAACGCAACAAAACGUUAAUAGAGGAUGAAAUAGCUGCUAUACUACAAUCCACUCUGAAAGGACUGGAGUAUCUGCACUUCAUGAGGAAGAUUCACAGAGACAUCAAAGCUGGAAACAUUCUGCUGAACUCAGAGGGACAAGCUAAACUGGCUGACUUUGGUGUUGCAGGACAGCUGACUGACACGAUGGCAAAACGGAACACAGUCAUAGGCACACCCUUCUGGAUGGCCCCAGAGGUGAUUCAGGAGAUUGGCUAUAACUGCGUAGCAGAUAUCUGGUCUCUGGGUAUUACUGCGAUAGAGAUGGCUGAAGGGAAACCACCAUAUGCAGACAUACAUCCUAUGAGGGCAAUAUUCAUGAUUCCUACAAAUCCUCCACCAACCUUUCGGAACCCUGACCAGUGGUCAGAACCUUUCAGGGACUUUGUCUCACAGUGCCUGGUGAAAAACCCUGAGAACAGAGCAGCAGCCACACAGCUCCUACAGCACCCAUUUAUAAAGGGUGUGAAGCCCAACAGUGUCCUGAGAACACUGAUUACGGAAGCUAUGGAAUUCAAACUGAAAAAACAGGAGGCUCAGCAUAGAGAGCAGGAUGCCGAGGAUGAAGAUAACUCGGAUGACGAUGAAGUGGAUCGGGGUACAAUGGUGAGGGCUGGAGCUUCUGACAUGGGAACCGUCCGUGCAGCUGGUUCCCUGGGCAGCACACCAGGAACUAUGAUCGAGCAUGAUGGCACAAUGGAGUUGCAGCUCGGCACCAUGGUUAUAAAUUCAGACGAUGAGGAUCCAGGCACCAUGAAACACCAUGAGGAAACAGUACAUCAAGCUAAGCCAUCGUUCCUUGAGUAUUUUGAACAGAAAGAGAAGGAAGCCAUCAAAAACAGUGACAAUGACAGUCGUAAAUUGCCUGCAGAAGAGAACAUAGACACAAUGCGUUCCUGGAGUGUGGAGGAAUUGAGGAGACGUCUGGCUUCUCUGGACCCUCAGAUGGAGCAGGAAAUUGAGGAGAUCCACCAGCGCUACCAGGCCAAACGCCAGCCCAUUCUUGAUGCUAUUGAGGCCAAGAAGCGUCGACAGCAAAACUUCUGAGUCAUUCUUGAACUGGCCGGAGGAGGCAUUAACGAUUCCAGUUUGCUUAUGAUACUGUCAGUUACCUAUGAAGGUACUUCUGAAAGUUCACCGAACCACUCGUUGCUACCCUGCGAUUUCUUUUAGCUUAAUUUAUCCACUUAUUGCUGAAUUUAUUUGUUUAUUUUUUAAUCUUAAUGCUGUAUUUCCACUGCUGUUGGUACUAGACGGGUGGUACAAGUGGACUCAGAAAAAACAGGUAACAAGAUUUUCUGUGAUACACUGUAGCCUUUAUGUUUACAGCUUUUUCACGUUGCCCAUUUUUUGUCUUUUAGAAACAUUACUUUGGUUACUUUGGCAUGCAUGUGUGUUUUGCCAACUGUUUAGUAUGAAGAUUACUUAAUGAUGAAUCUGCCAUCUAUAGGUUUAAUGCAAUAGCAUUACUCGUAAAGCGUAGGUGGUAUUUAAAUUAUUUGGAUAUUCUAAAUGUUGGAAUUUUCUAAAGCAGGGGUCUUCAUCUGUGGGUUCAAGUCUACAGAGAGGGUAUAACUAUGCAUCUUAGUUCAAAUGCUAAUCUAACCUGCUUAAAGAUAUCUCCUUUAAAUUGUUUGUAGGAGCAAUGUAAUUUUCCAGUGAUUCUACACAUUAUGAUGCCGCCAUACUGUACUAAGUUCUGUGCUAAAUCUAUUUUAAACAUGGCUGCCUCCAUGUGGGAGACCUGUUCAAUUGAGUAUGAACUGGUUCAUUUUAUUCAUCUUAUGGGAAUUGCACUUUAUAUAUAUAAAAAAAAAAAUUCAUAAAUAUUGUUUGCUACUGUUUGGUGAUAAAAAUGACAUAUUGCUCCUUUAAAAAUGACCGUCAUCUGUUCAAGAGUUGGAAUGUCAAGCUGCCUUCUUGUCCACUGUUGUUUAAAGAUAUCACAUUAUUUCACUUCAACACAUUAUACGUGUUGGCAUAACACCAGCACAGAUUAUUUACAAUAUUAGACCACUGAAACAAAGCCUGGACUGUGUUUGGUAAGAUGUCCUUUUGUAUUAGAUUUUUUACAAUUUUUACUGCCUGUGCAUUCGAUAAGGUAUGGCAUCUUUUUUUUUUUUUUUUCCUUCUUUUUUGUCUGGGUAAUAACUGUACCGCCUCUUACUUGAGGGACCAAUUUCAGGGGUUCUGUCAUUUUUUCUAGAGAAUUUCUAGAGGCGCUAGGGUUCAUAAAUGUUUGGUGAUAAAUAGUUCUGCAGUGAAUUAAUUGGCCAUAACCACAGCUAAAUGCUUAACUAGAUAUUUAGCAGAUGCUGCAGGGGCAUGUUUGCAGGAUGACAAGUAUGGGGAGCCAUUGGAACCCACACCAUUACUCAAAUCCACAGUAACAUUGUUGUGACUAGAUGUCUCUGAGGGGCUCAAGACCUCUCUUCUUGAGACUACAUUCCAUCUGAUCAAGACCAAGAACUCACUUCUAAUAUGAAACUUGCACAUUGUCUUCAUAGAUGGGACAAAUUAUACAACUUGUAUGAACAUAUCCUCCAUCCAGUAUCUUGCAAGUACUUGUGCUUGUGACUACUCACUGGAAGUGAACAAUCACUGGAAACAAAGGGCUCAUCCACUAUUGUCUGUCAUGGCUACAAGUUCAUGAUUUUGGUCUGCAGUCUUUGCAAUGAAAAUAUGAAAUAGAAAAAUGUCAUUCUGUUUCAGAAUCCUUGAUAAACUGGUACAACUGUUCCAUUCUUCCACAUUUUCAUACUAAAGUCUUUUUUACUUGUUCAUGCUGGAAUUCUAUAGGUUGGUGAUAAAAAAAAAAAAAACAUUAAAAAAAAAUGGUUUAUUCUUUUAUACAUUGUAAGGUUUGAGGAAGCUAUGACAUUUUGUUUAGCUGUUUUAAAUCUUAUUUACAAAUACAUAUAAUGUCUGUUUUCUAGCAGGAGUUUGCAUGAAAGUGCAAAUUAGACUCAGGUUUGAUUGACUCAGGAUAUUUUUCUAUGGUAUAAGUAACUCUUAACUACUGAUUUGUGACAUAUUCAAAAGAUAUAUGUAUUUAAAUUGCAUUUUUAAACAUCUAAUCGUAUAACCCAUAUUAAAUUCGACUCGGUGACUUGCCCCGUAAAAACACUGGAACUUCAUACGACAUGGCCACAAAGCAAUAUAUGGCCAGUAGUUUGCCGUAGUAUGGUAGGAGUGCUAAGAACCGUGCGGAUAGGUUCUUGACAUACCUUCCGUAGAGGUAAAUACAAAAAAAAAGAUUUGCUGGGUGUAACCAUGCAUGUAUACAUGCUUUUUUUUCUUCUUUUUUUUCUUUGCAUGAAUACCUAAAUGACUUAUCCAGGGUUAUUUUUAUUUGUAUGUUUGUUUUGUUCUCCUUUUUUGAGCCUGUUACCACAUGUAGUUAAGUGACUUUUGAUGACUUUUUCAUAAGCGGGUUUGUUUUUAAAUCUUUACAAUUGUAUUGAAUAUAUCUUUGUUUCUUACAUACAAUGUGAAUAAAAAAACAAUGCUGGUACAUGUCAUCUGUACUGACGUUGGUCCAGAGAAAGGGUUUUGUAAUAUCUGUGCCUUAAAUUAUGCAAAAUCUAUUUGCAAAUGUAUUAAAUGUGUGAGGGUUUUUUUUAAGUGUGAAUAAUAAACCAGAUUCUUGAUCAACACUGUCA